UUUAAUGAUUAAGUUGUCUAUUGAGUAGUGUGUGUGUGACUUAAGGAAUUGUCGUGACUUCUGUGAUAUAUAAAUAUUUAUUAUAAAUAAAUUGUAACUUCAAUAUGAUGCGAAAAGUAUACGUUCUAUUUGCAUUUACAUCAUGGGUAUUGACAACAGCAGUUUCUGAAGAUUUAGAUUUAAUUUUAGUAUCUGAACCUGCAAUUACUGCGCCUAGUAAAGAGAGUCUUCAAACACAGCCACCAAAAAUAACUGAAAUGAGCAUAAGAACAAAUAUAACUAAUCGGUUUGCCGAAACAACUGUGACUAGUAAACUGAAAAAUCCGUUAACGAAAGCGCAAGAGACAACAUUUUUCAUAGUUAUUCCUGAGCAAGCAUUUAUUUCCAGUUUUAUUAUGGAAUUGUCUGGUAAAAAUUACACUGCUUUUGUAGAAGAAAAAGUGAAAGCCAAGAAAAAUUAUGUUGAGGCUGUUUCCAAUGGAGCAGGUGCUGCUCAUGUUGAAGUGAGCGCAAGAGAUUCAAAUCUGUUUUGCGUGAAUAUCAACGUAGAGGCUGAAAGCAAGGCUGUAUUUUAUUUGACAUACGAAGAAUUAUUGGAGAGGAAAAAAGGAGUUUAUGAAUUGGUGAUCAAUAUUAAUCCCAAGCAAUUGGUAAAAAAAUUAAAUGUGGAAGUUAGUAUAGACGAAAGUGUACCAAUAACUAUAGUAAAAACACCACCAAUUCGAUCAGGUAAUAAAAUUGUGAAGGAAAAUGAAAAACUGGAUGCACGGGCCGUUAUUGAGAGACCUGGUUUAGGGAAAGCGGUUAUUAAGUUCAAGCCGGAUUAUGAAAAGCAGAAGCAAAUUGCUAAUGUUUUGGGGACUAAGGAAGACGAGGGUUUAGCUGGGCAGUUUGUGGUACAAUACGACGUGCAAAGGGAUACAAACGGUGGUACGAUUAUAGUAAAAGAUGGUUAUUUCGUACACUUUUUUGCCCCGACAAAUUUGGAGCCUAUUCCUAAGCACGUCGUAUUUGUACUUGAUACAAGUGUUAGUAUGGAUGGUAAUAAAUUGGAUCAAGUUAAGGAAGCGAUGAAGAGUAUCGUUGGCGAUCUCAAUCCAGACGAUUACUUUAAUAUUGUUGAGUUCAACAAUGUUGCUUAUGUAUGGAACCUGGAUAUUCCUCACGAGACUACCAUUUACCCGGAGAAUCAGAAUGACUUGUACUCUCAGCAUGGUAUAUUUAAAGAUAUGAACAGUAUAAAUUUUCCGCCUGCUUAUCCAGUGAGAAAUAGCACCAUAAAAAAAGCUAUGGAAGAAAUCAGUUAUAUGAAUGCUAGGGGAGGAACAAACAUUUAUCAUGCUGUAAGCGUAGGCUUACAUUUAAUUCAAGUAUUUCAAAAAGUCUCUGGGAACAAUAAAGUACAACCGUUAAUUAUCUUCCUAACAGAUGGAGACGCAACAGUCGGUAUAACAGAUUCAAACACUAUCAUGUCCAAAAUUUCCGAGGAGAACAUACUCAAGAUACCAAUAAUCAGCCUCGCUUUCGGUAAUGACGCGGAUCGUGAUUUAAUCAAGGAACUUUCAAUAAAUAAUAACGGUUUCGCACGAUUUAUUUACAAAGAUUCGGAUUCUUACUUGCAAUUAUCAAAUUUUUACAAGGAAAUAUCUUCGUUGCUUCUUAAGAACGUGUCAUUUUACUAUACACAAGAUUUUGUGAGCCUUACAAAGACAGAAUUUCCCAUACUGUUUAGUGGUUCCGAGAUCAUAGUUACUGGUAAAACUCUUGGAAAUAUUGUUAAAGAUGAUACAUCUGUGAAUAGUUGGGGUAUACGUGGACCUAUUAUACUAAAACCUAACGUUAUUGAAAGCGUUGGCCAACUUGAAAGACUAUGGGCGUACAUGACUGUAAAGAGGUAUCUUGAUGAUGUAUCCAAUUUAACGCAAGCUGAAAAUAAAGCGCGCGAGUUGGCUUUGAAGUAUUCCUUUGUAACUUCGGUAACAUCUUUGGUAGUGGUAAAACCGAAUGAGACAAACGUAAUAGAUUUAGAGGAAGCUUCGAGUCAACCGACCUUGGAUUUGCUAGUUCCAUAUCCACUUGCAAGCCAACAGUUUUAUUUCCCUACGAAUAGAGUAUUCAAUACAUUUAGAAAUAAUAAAAAUCAUGUUAAAAUGUUAUUCUCUUAUGGAGAAACUGACUACAACAUGGAUCACUUAAUAGAAACAAAAUUAUCAACGCCUAAAAUAAUUACUAUACCUGAUGAACUUAGAAUUAAAUUGCCAAUUUUGGAGCAUAUAUAUGAUAUAAGCGACGGAACUUUGACCUUAUUUAAAUAUCCAUAUACUCUUGGGUUUAACGAAACCUCGGCAGAUGAUAUAGAAUGCAUAACUCCUCGCAGUGAUGUCGGCGCUUGCAAACUUAUACGAGAUUGCGAAAUUCUAUAUCCAAUUUUAGUUAACCAACAGACUUUUAAAAGUUACUUUUGUGCAAUUAAUUUGGAUGAUCGUCGACUUGGUGGAAUUUGUUGUCCAAAAAAUAAUAAUAUGAUUUGAUAGAAAUAAAACUGCCAUAUUCUUU